AUGGAGGAGAAUUUGUCGGAAGUAGAGCUACCUCGAAGGCGGAUUUCAAGACACCCCAAACCUGUGAAGAGACCCGCUAAACGGCAGCUUCAACAAAGCUACAGACUUUCCAGUAACCGAUCACAGCCGCAAGGAGAUGAGGCUUCAGUUACACAAUCGCAAAUUCAUAGUCAAGUGCAAGAACAGACAGAAUUUAACACGCAAUCCACUGAAAAGGAGCAGAAGUCAAAACCUCCUGAAGGUAACGAAGUAGCUCCUACUGCAACUUUAGAAGGUACUGAAGUGACAAAAGAAGUGUCAUUUUUGCAAGGGAAGACGAUUAUAAUUGCGAUUGAAAGGAACGAUCAUGUAGUUGACCUGAGUCAGUGUGUAGAGGAUCUAGAUCUUGAUCGCUUAAAACCACAGCAUAUAUGUGAUUUGGUCUGCAAAGAUGGCUUCAGUUCUAUUAGUAUGGAAGCCUUUCUAAGUCGAGUUCCGACGGGUAUUGCAGAAUUGAUAACUCAAAGACGUGGCAUUGAGUUGAAGGAAAACAUAUUAUUCCAAUUUGAAUCCUUUAACAAGGCUUCAAAGAAAUCAUUCUUAAAUGCCUCCUCAUCACCAAUGACGGCCGACUGUGUGCUCUCGGUUAAUUUUGCAUCACCGAAGUAUGAAUCCAUGAAGUUAACAGAGGUUGCAAAAAACAAAGACGAAAGAACUUAUAUCUUUGCCUCACAUCUCAUCAUCGCAUCAUCAGCCCAUGCGCUCCCCUUACCCAAAAUGAUUGCGGACUACAUUCCUAAACAGGCUGCAUUUUCAGUAACUAGAAACAACAGUACAGGGAGGAUUUCUGUUGAAAAGCAAACCAUGAAUUGCGCUGAGUUACACAGUUGGGAAUGGGUAGAAGCGUCUCCGGUCAGAAGCACCCAAUAUCAUCAUAUCUGCAUGUGCGAUGAUGAUUUGAUUGGUGAAGAGGCUUUGGAAGGCGAGUUGGAGGUAUCUCUUCUUGGUUUUCCGGUAAUUUCCACCAGUAUGAUAGUUGAGUCGAGUCUAGCGAAUGGCCUGGACAGCUACUCCUGCUCCUGUUCAUCGUCUGCUCUUACGACAGAUUCAUCAACAAUAUCAUCAACAUCGACAGCAUCCACAACCACGACAAAUUUCUGGAUGCUUGUGGGAAAUCCCCCAAUUUUAGAAACGGAGGAGAUCAGUGAAAUGGACGAUACGACGGCACGAAGCGCCUGCAGUCUUACUCGAACAGAGAUGCGACAAAUGAGUAUGCGGUGGGCGACCGGCAGCUGCUUCUUCUUGAGUGCGUUGUUUGUGGUCAAGUGCUACUGCGCGGAGUUACUGCGUGGGGAUUGGCUAUCGAUUGCGGGUAUUGUUUCGGCCCUCUGCACAAUUGUUCUCAUUUCUCUCAGUCGACAUCCUAGUGCAUCUUAA